UGCUACGAGUGUCAAACAUGUGUGAUGUACUGUCACUGAAGUCAUAAACACAAAAAUCUGAUACAUCUGUUAUGAUUUUACUAAUUACCCAAAAUAAUAUUGAUUUAAACGUAAUUAUAAGAUGUGUUAAGCAUUAUAAGCUCAUCAAUUUUGGAAAUUCAAUGACUGUCGUCAUAAGUUUCUCGAAUUAAAUAAAAACAUGAAUACUACACACACUCAGAGUUUUUCUACAAUAUGCGGUGAACUUUGUAAUCUAUUGUAUUUAAAAGAAUUCAGUAGAGAAAAAGCUAAUAAACUAGUAGAUGAGCUGAAUGCAAAGCCAUAUAAAGUGGAUUUAUUUGUACGGAAACAUGACGCUGCAGCCUUGAUAACAGCUCUUUGCCUAAACGUGAAGCCCGCAGAUGAGUUUUUAGUGGCUAAAGCAUCACAUCUAAUAAACAGUAUAAUAAUAAAACAAAACUUACAGUUUGAAACUGAUUACUUAUGGAAAGUUAUUUCAUGGCACAUUGAGUGCAUGAAGAAGUGCACAGAUAUUGUGUUGCCUGAUAUUCUUCAUAGUCUGCAGUGUAUCUUGCAGUCUUAUCCAAAUGCAAGUUAUAAGUUCACGGAGCAGCUAAUAGGAUAUCAAGGAAUUCUCACAAAGCUAAUUGAUUCAACUAAGACUGAGCUGAAAGUUCAAAACAGUUUACAAAUUCCUUUGAUGGUGUUGAAAUGCAUUAUAUGCAUUAUUUCAACUACGGAUGAUGGUAAAAAUGAAACAAUUGUGGCUCCGGCACUCAAAGAGCUAAUCUCUGAAAUAGUUGUUAAGUUUUUAAUGAAAGGAUAUUCCAAAUCUCAAGAUGAAUUUCUGUAUUGUAAGGUAGUAAUAUCUGCAUUGAGGGUUCUAUCACAACUGUAUUUCAAUGAUCUCAACAUAAACAUACCUCUGCCCGAGGUGAUGGGGAUCUGUAGAUAUUUUAUACUCUAUGGACUGGUCACCCAGACUGGCCCACCUGAGAAAAUAAUGCCUGCUCAACAGUCCAUAGCUAUGGUGCCGGAGGUCCGAACUCCUAAUCCAAAGGGUGGAAAGAAACAAAAACUACGCAAGCAAAGAAAUAAUGCAAUAGAAAGCUUAAAGAAAGAAAUUCCUGUGUCGGACCACAGUCUCAUGAAGGAUGUUGACAAUUUUGAAAAUAAUUCUGCUUACAAGCCGGCAAGUCGGAACUACUUGGAGCCUCAAAAAGCCAAGAACACCUGGGCUUUGACUAGUGAUUCUGACAUGUCUGAUGUGGAGAAUAGCAGAGAAGUUAAACUGAUUGCUUUGAAGUCUAGAGUUAGACAAAGUGCUUCUAACCUCCUCCUGGUUUUGGUUAAAGUAAAACAAAAGCGUGAAAUAUUUGGUUACUGGUGGGCGCUUUUGCCUGAUUCGCCGGAUCCCGCUAAUUGGUCAGCCAGUGCCUCGGCUAAGAAGACAUUGGCAUACUGCGCUGUCACGGACCCCAUUGCCAGCAGUCGAGCGAGCGUGCUCAGUGUCAUGUUGGCACUUCUGUCUAGGUCCAGGAUAUUUUUGUCUCAUGCUGAGAGUAGCAAAAAGGAUAGAUCGUCUUUCAUCCCGUUCUCGGAAUCUCUGGGCUACAUGAUCACAUGUCUUCACAAGGUGUUCACCAGUAUUCUGGACAGCGAGAGAAGUCACGCGGUGAUCAUAGUCGCGCUGAAAUGUUGCGCAGCGCUAGUGCAGGCCACGCCCUAUCAUAAGAUGAAGGAGGGACUUAUCAGUCAGCUCGUUAUGUCAACUAGGAAGUUCUUGGUGCAUAGAGAUGUAACACUACAAGUCGGUGCCUUAAUCACAAUGGGAUGCGUUCUUUCCGUCGAUCCCAAAGUAGACGAAGUUCUAAAAGCAGUUGAAAAAGAUGCAGUGCCUUCCAAAAUAACUACUUCCAUGAGCUCUUCCAAAGUGACCUUUACUACCCACAAAAUUGAUGCAGAAGAAUGUGAUGACUUCGAAGAAGGAUACUCUGAUGAUGAAAUGUUCACCGCUGUUGAACAUCAGGCUAAAAGUGGCGAGAAAGAGGUAGAGGAAGGUCAUUAUUUUAGAAGCUGGAUUCUGGAUAUCUGUUUCAAGAAUAUGGGUUGGAUUUUUAGAGGAAAUGAAGUUGUGCGAAUAAAACCAUCAGCGAUUCCAAUAAUCCUGGAGUCCCUACAAGUAUUAUCUGCAGUGGCGUUCCACCACCUUCAAGAACUCCUUCACUCUCACGUGACAUUGCUGGGUGAUAUUCUAUGCGAGAUGCUACAACAUGAGCAUCAGGAUGUGGUGAUGCAGUCGGCUAGCGCUAUUAGUAUUAUUGGAGAUGGACUGCAGAAAUUGGAGCAAAUAGACAGAUCACCGCCACUGAGUCACUGCGUAUACAUGUGGGAGAAGUUGGUGAUGCCACUGUCUACCGUCCUUCAAUGCCACGAGACAUCGCCAGCUAAGGCCGUGGUCUGCGACUGUAUAGCCAACAUCGGGGAGAGGUCAUUUAAAGAAUUACCGCGUCGCGUACAAGUGCUAUGCUGCACGUUGCUGAUCGGCUCGUGCAGUGACGAGGAGGCGACGGUACGCGCGGCCGCGGUGCGGGCGCUGGCUAUGCUUGUCAUGUACCGGACUCUAAGAGAAGAUAUCUGCUUUGUAAGCGAUUGCGGAGAGAAUAUACUUCGUGCCUUAGCUGAACCUAUUCUGGUUGUGAGAAUCAAGGCGGCCUGGGCUCUGGGCAACCUUUGUGACGCUUUAGUUUUAAACUUAGAGGAGCCGGAAUGUGACGACAUAGACGACGCCCUCCUGGUUCGCUUGCUAGAGGUCAGCAUAGAGUGCGCCGCGGACAAUGAUAAGGUAAAAAUGAGUGCAACCCGAGGUCUUGGAAAUCUCCUACGCUUGAUAAAGAGUGAUACCCUAGCAAGGAACACGCAAAUGAAGUCCUUAUGCGAGACGGCAAUAAGGAAGCUUUUGGACUGCGCUUGCAAAGUGAACAAUAUGAAGGUGCGGUGGAACGCCUGCUAUGCGAUGGGUAAUGCUAUGAAGAAUGAGGAGCUUUUCACUGGGUUUAGUGGAUGGCAGAACCUAGUGUUCUCCAGCCUAUGUACUCUGGCGAAAGAGUGCAAGAACCUUAAGGUUCGCAUCAACGCAGCGUCGGCGUUACGCGCCCCAUCUGCGCGCGCGCACUAUGGCGAACAUUACGCGCUCGUGUGGAGGGGCGUGCUAGCUGCCAUGGAGAAUGUGGCCGAUGUUGAUGAUUUCAACGAGUACAAGCAUAAGGAUAACUUAACUGAACAGCUAUGCCUAACUCUAGCCCACUUAUGCUGCCUUCUCACACCAUCAGAUCUCUCCGAUAUCUACGAUCCUCUAGUAUUUCACUUCGACUACGCCAAGACCAUAUUUAGGCAAGUUUGUCAGAAGUUGCCACCAGAAAACACGUCGUGUUUGAGAAUACUGCAGGCAGCCAAGUACGUCACCGUUGAUUUAUGUGCGGGCAAUGAAACGCAAAUGCAAACGCUUAGUAUGUUGCAAGAUGUAUUUAUAUGGGACAUGUAAUUCCAACAUGUGGAUUGCAUCAAAACUUGAAAACUCUUAUAGUAAGGCACCCUGAAUGGUACCUAGCAGUCAUAGCUUGUAUAUGAUGAAAUGAUGAGCCCCACGACCACUGACGUUUUUUAAUUAUUUUUUCCAUUCAUAUUGUUUUGCUUUAUUUGCGUAAAUGCGGUAGUGGGGUGCGCUAUUUCAGCUGACGGCUGUCCCCCAGUAUUCUAUCUAUACUAAUAUUAUAAAGAGGAAAACUUUGUUUGUUUGGUUGUAAUGGAUAACCUCAAAAACUAUUGGACCGAUUUCAAAUAUUCUUUCACCAUUGGAAAGCUAUAUUAUCUGCGAGUAACAUAGUCCAUAUUUUAUCCCGGUGCGGGCAAUAGCUCCCACGGGAUGCGGGUGAAGCCGCGGGAAAACGGCCAUAUUUUAUAUAAUUUGACAAAACUUGUGUGGGGUUAAUGUAAAAUUUCUAUCUCUGAUAAGCAAAUCAAUAGAUAGAUAUAUUAUUGGGGGGGGGGGAGGGGAUAAGCCCUUUUUUGUGGAAAUCCAAUGGGAUUUGAAAUAGGAACUGCAAGAAAGUGUGAGUCUCAAUAUGUAAUGAUGAGUCAUGUGGGAACAUUUUAUAGCGACACGUCACUUGGAGUAUUUGUGCACAUAUUUCUGUCGUAUUGACAAAGAAAAGUAUACACUGUUGUAUUAGGAAAUAAGGUUUAAUUUUGUAUUAAUUGAAUGAUAAGCAUGUUUGGUCUGUUACUCCAAGGGUCUUGCUGGUAUCAUGUUAUCUAGUAAGGGAUUAUAACUGCGAUAGACGUUACGUAAAAUUUUAAGACUAUGAAAAAGUAUCAAGCAAAAAGAUCGGCAUUAUACAUUGUUAUUAAGCCAUUCAACUGCCCUAUAGGAUAUGUAACUUUGAGACAAUUUACUAUAUUUCAACGUUUUCCAUUUGAAUUGUAUCUUAAUUCUAAGUCUAAAUACACAUUUCAUUAUGUCUACCUAUUUCUCUUAUUUGUUAUAGGUAUCACUUGAAUAUGUAACAAACACGUUUUAUUUUUUAUAUAAAGAGGCGGAGGACAAUGUCAGUAGCACCUUUUUUAAAAAUAAUGUGAUAACACUAGUGAACUUAGUGUUAAUUUUAGUUUUUUUUUUUUAUUGAUAGCUUGUUUUCAGUGCUAAAUUGUGAUAAAAAUAAAUUGGAAUACCUACGGUUUAAUUAAAUCCGGCUCUUAUCACAACGACAAUUAGUUUGACUAUAAACAGCCAAAAGCAUUUUACAAAUUUGCUUUUUUAG